AGCCAUUUUGGCUCAAGCCAUUUUGGCUCAAGCCAUUUUGACCUAAGGUAUUUACAGUAUGGCUCAAGCCGCGGUGCCGUGUCUUCUCGGAUGCUGGGCAUCGGCCGAGGGUCUCGAGAAGGCGUUAUGUCCCUCGAAGCGUCGAUCAAGAACUGCGGUCGGACAAAACAAUGGAGCGUAGCACUGCGGUUGCUCCGCGAAGGACUUCGAUUAGGUGUGCAACUUGUCCCAGGCCACUACAUUGCGAUUGCCAGCGCAUGCAGAAAAGGCGGGCAAUGGCAACACGCGCUUUCAGUGCUCAGUGACAUGUGGAAGGCGAAGCUGGAGCCCAACGUCAUCUUUUUCAGCUACAAUGCUGGGAUCAGCGCGUGCGAGAAGGGCGAACAAUGGCAGCGGGCCCUGGCGCUGUUGAGCGAGAUGUGGGAGGCGAAACUGGAGCUAGACGUCAUCAGCUAUAGUGCUGGGAUCAGCGCGUGCGCGAAGGGCGAGCAGUGGCAGCGGGCCCUGGCGCUGCUGAGUCAGAUGUGGGAGGCGAAGCUGGAGCCCAACGUCAUCAGCUAUAGUGCUUCGAUCAGCGCGUGCGAGAAGGGCGAGCAAUGGCAGCGGGCCCUGGCGCUGCUGAGCGAGAUGUGGGAGGCGAAGCUGGAGCCCAACGUCAUCAGCUAUAGUGCUGGGAUCAGCGCGUGCGAGAAGGGCGAGCAAUGGCAGCGGGCCCUGGCGCUGCUGAGCGAGAUGCGGGAGGCGAAGCUGGAGCCCAACGUCAUCAGCUAUAAUGCUGGGAUCAGCGCGUGCGCGAAGGGCGAGCAGUGGCAGCGGGCCCUGGCGCUGCUGACAAUGGCAGCGGGCCCUGGCGCUGCUGAGCGAGAUGCGGGAGGCGAAGCUGGAGCCCAACGUCAUCACUACAACGCUGCGAUCUGCGCGAGUGAGAGAUGCAGCCAGUGGCGGCAUGCAUUUUCGCUGCUCAGAGUGAUGCGGGAACGCCAUGUGGAGACGAACGAUAUCAGUUACAAUUUAUGCAUCACGGCGUAUGAGAGGUCGUCUCGCAACUUGGCAGGCUUGUCCUGCUAUCGUUGUAUCGGCCUUUCCCGUUUUCGAGUGUCUUGCGGGGCACUGUCCGUGUGGGAACCUGCUGGGGAACCAUUGUGAUCACGUGGGCGAACAUCCGUAUUUUGAAUUUGGCAGCAGUGUUCCGUCGCGCAGGAAGCCGCUUCGGAUACCAUGACGUGGAUCCGCCCUGGUUGGCUACAGCAUUGAGAUCAGCACUUCUGAUAGAGGCGUCCAGUGAAAGCGGGUCCUGCCGAUGAUCAGCGAUCUUUUGAUUGUGAAGCUGGAGCCCAAUGGCUCAGCUACCAUGCUGGGAUCAGCGCGUGCGAGAGGGGCGAGCAGUGGCAGCCGGCGCUGGCGCUGCUGAGCGCGAUGCGGGAGGCGAAGCUGGAACCCAACGUCAUCAGCUACAACGCUGGGAUCAGUGCGUGCGAGAAGGGCGAGCAGUGGCAGCGGGCCCUGGCGCUGCUGAGCGAGAUGCGGGAGGCAAAGCCGGAGCCCGACGUCAUCAGCUACAGUGCUGGGAUCAGCGCGUGCGAGAAAAGCGAGCAGUGGCAGCGGGCCCUGGCGCUGCUGAGCGAGAUGUG